AUGGCUGGCCUUGCCUGUGCUGGCUUGGAGAGCUUCCCCCUCCCUGCUGGCCACCUUCAAGUUGAUGGGCCUUACGCUGACCAUCUCUUCAAUUGUGUCCGCGGUAAGGACUGCAAUGGCUUGCAGCCUUUCCGGGGUGCAGGUCUGACCCCACUGGACCGCGUGACUGUCCGAAACGGUGGCUGUGGCGGAGCUGUGCAAGCGGUUUCGGUGUCGAAUCCAAAUGGCUUGGCUGCUUUGGAGCCCACAGUCGCCAGCUUCUCAUUGCACUUUGGCACCUCCGAUGUGCAGCUUGGCCUGGACCAUACAGUGCUGCUUGAUGCCAGUGAAACUGGUUACGAGCUGUGCUGGUGCGGUGGUCCGGAGCCUUGCAGCCUGGAGUCUUUCCUGGUCUCAGCAGGCAAGCUCCGCAUCGAGGGCCCGUACGUCAACCAGGAGAUCAGCUGCUCCAUCGGCCAGCCCUGCACGAUGCCGAAUAUCCGAUCCAUGAAUGCCACUCCAGGUGACCGCGUCAUGGUUCUUUCCGCCUGUGGAGCGGGCGCUGCAGUGCAAGGCAUCCCAGGCGGGGGCGUGGCUCAAUAUGUGGAGGCUGCAGACGACAUGGUGCUCUUCAACUUCAUAGAGUCAUCUCUACUGCUUUCACCCCCCGGUAUCUUCAGGCUCUGCUUCUGCCGGCAGAGUGGAGAGGUGGUUUGCGAAACUCCUCAAGCUUUCCGAGCUCCCCUGGGCCUAAUGACGGCAGCCGGCCCAUUUCAGCAGACCACCACCUGCAUCGUUGGCGGUAGUUGCACUGUACAACUGUCAGGCAUUGACCUACACCCAGAAGAUGUGCUUCUUGUAAGCGAGACACUUUGCGAAGCCGUGGCCAGCUUCACAUCCAAAGGACUCCGACUCAAGCAGCCUCUCAGUCUGCAAGCGGAGGGCGCUGCAUUGCAAGCGUUGCUGGGGAGCCUCCCUCCAGACACCACACCAGGCACUUACCAACUUUGCUGGUGCCCUGCAAACCAUGCUUGCACCUCGCCUGCUUCAUUUCGAGCAGCAGCUGGACAACUGCAACUGAAUUGUCCAGAAGGGCAUUUUUUUGCAGAUUCACGGAGCGUGCCAUGUGGACGCGGUUUCUACUGCCCGGGAGGCAGUCCAGGUUCAGCUCUACGCUUUCCGUGUCCUGAACAUGAAACCACAGAUCACGGGCUCGCUUCCACCCGAUCGCAGUGUGCAUGCAUGGCCGGCUACUUUCUGGAUUCAGGAAGAUGCACAGCAUGUGACCAGGGUUGCUACAAAGCCGAGGUGGGCAACGCGCUGGAGUGUGAUGACUGUCCGGACAACCUGACUACGCUCCUCACCGGCUCCGUGUCCAGCGACUCCUGCAUUGCUGUGGCUGACGAAGGCUCCAGCCCAGAUGUGGAUUUGGCAGCUAGUCUCAUCAACUCUUCGGACGUAUCUGCACUCACGUUCAACAUCUCGCUGGGCACAGAUUGGGUCGACCCCAGCCUGAAGCCUCAACUGCUAGCUACACUGCGCCGCAGCAUUGCUGACUCUACCAACAUGGAUAGCAAUUCAAUCGAGGUCAUCUUGCCGUGGGCAGAUGCAACAGGUCGUCGGCUUGGGGAGUUUCCACCAGUUGUCAUUCGGCUCAAGUUUUCAUCAAUGGCUGAAGCAAACCGAUCCGUGCAAGAAACAGAUGUCAGAGUUCUUGUAAGUGACAUGGACAAUGCUCUGAAGCAGAAUGCCCGCUUGUCCGGCUUCAUUGUUGAGACGGAAUCAACACCCACGGUUUUAUCCGUGACCGUCAUGUGUCCAUCUUUUUCUGCCAAGCCGCCGGGUGUUCCAAUUCUGAGUGAAAUCGACUGUCUUUGCAUUCCCGGCUUUGGAUUUGAUGAGCAGCUUGGGACUUGCAUAGCUUGUCCGCUGGGCGAGUUCAAAUCCACUCUGGCAGACACAGAAUGUCAGAAGUGCCCGACUUCGAAGUCCACUCUCGAGCUGGGUGCCGUCUCAGUACAGCAGUGCAAAUGCGGAGGCGGUCUGCAUGAAGAAGGAGGAGUUUGUACCAGCUGUGAAGUAGGUUUCUAUUGUACUGGCACAGGCUAUGCCGAACGAUGCCCACCCAAUUCCACAACCAUUUCUCAUGGUGCGCGCACUGCUACAGAAUGUCUUUGCACAGCUGGAUAUCAGGCUCAAGGACCUUGGGAAGCUUCGCAGCAGGCAACUCUUUGCGAUCCGUGCCCUUCCGGGAGAUACAAAUCCACUCUGGGCAAUGGAGUGUGCUUCCAGGCUUGUCCAUCAAACGCAGAUAGCGAGCCUGCAUCCACUGCCGUGGAUGAUUGCUACUGCAUUCAUGGUUAUGUAGCGGAGUUGGACAGCACGGGCAAGCUCGAUCGUUGUUCCAGCUGCGCGCUGUACAGAGGUUUAGUUUGCACCGGCGGCUUCAUAGCUGGCACGACAAACCAUUCUAUGCCAAGGGCAAUUCAAGGAUGGUACCAAUCCGGCAUCACGCAGGCUGCUGAGUGCCACGUAGCUCUACCCACCGGAGAGAGUGUCUGCACUGGUUUUGCCUGGCGGUGCCAGUAUGAUCCAAGUCUCAAAGGCUGUGGAGAUCGCUUCGGCAACGAGUGUGCAGAGGGGUCAUCGGGGAUGCUCUGCGGAGAGUGUCCAGAAGGUUGGGGACGAAGCAGCUCUUUGCAAUACUGCCAGCCGUGCGCACAGGACCCCAACCAGCGUGCUGCUUUGCUGAGCGCUUCCAUCCUUGUGGACCUCUCGCGUAUAACCUUUGUUAACUUUGUGAUUGCAGCACUUGCCGCAAAGGGGGCCGGGACCUCCUUGAAACUUCAUACUUCUAUGAUCCGUAUAUUGCAAGCUUGGGUCGCUGCUUGCUCCAUCCUCCUUAGCUUCAAUCUCAACCAAUUGGAGCCAUUCUCCUGGUCGCAAGAACAAGAUCAGGAUGGGGCAGAAUGUGAUGGGGACUGCCAACAGCUGUUCAAAUUUGCAUGGCCGCAAGAAGUUUCCGAUGCUAUGCAAUUCCUUCUGUCUCUCACAGCUAUUAUCCCACAAGCAAGCGUCGCCUUUGGAGCCGAGUGCCAGGCAGAGGUAUUAGUUCCUGGCAGCUUUGCAGCGAAGCAGAUUGCUCCAGCCUUGUAUUACUUCUGUGUGCCGUUGCUAGCUCUUGUUGGGACAGUUAUGAUUUGUGCCGUUGUGGCUUACAUCCUCGUGCCACUGGGAAAUGUCCUCGGCUUCCACUUCAAC